AUGGAUAAUAAUAAUAAAAUUAUAGAAUAUUUAAAUCAAAAUAAUAUUUCAUUUGAUUCAUUAAAACAAAUUAUAAAAAAUAAUAAAGAUAUUGAAAAAGAAGAGAUUAAUUUUGUAAAAUAUAAAACUACAACAAAUAAUAAACAUUACACAUUGAAUGUUAUUGCAUAUUUUAGUAAUGGAAAUGAUAUUAUUAAAAUUACAACAUUUCAUGAUAUUAAACAUAUGAUUUAUAAUAAAAAUGAAAAUGAUGAAAAUGAAUUAACAACUUCAAUUAUUAUUCCUGGUUUAAAGAAAUGUGAAAAGAAACAAAUGUAUUUAGAUGAAUCAAAUACUGAAGUUAUUAAAAAAGGAGAAAUUAAUUCAAAAUUAACUUUUAAAAAUAAAUCAAUUCAAUAUUCAAUUAUAUUUGAAUUAGAGAAUAAUUCAAAUAUAAUUCAACACAAUGAUAAUAAUAAUAUUAUCUACAACACAAAUAUACCAUUCAAUAGAAAUUCAUUUAUUGAUUUAAAUCCAUUUAAAGGAAUUCCAAUUGAUUAUAAUUGUUCAAUUGGUAAUAUUACUGAAAAUAAUUCAACAAAUAUAUUAGUUCGUUUAUCAACCAAUAAUAAUAAUAAUAAUAAUAAUGAUAUUACAAAUAAUACACCUGGUUUAUUCCAAAUUAGUUAUCCAAUUUCUCAAAAUUUACACCAAGAUUAUUUAAAUAAUCAAAAACCAAAACAACAACAACAACAAAAACAACAAUCACAAAAUAAUAAAGGUAAAAAACAAAAUUCAAAUCAAAAUAAACAACAACAACAACAACAAAAACAAAAAGAACAAAAAAUAGAAAAUAUAGAAGAAAAUGAAAAAGAGAGUCAAUUUGAUAAAUUUAAUAAUUUAUAUAGAAUUGAUAAUACAUAUAAACAACAAUUAAAUGAAUUAAAUCAAAAAGUUCAAGAUUUACAAUAUAAAUUAAAAACAACACAAAUUCAAAUAUCAAUAAUGGAAUCAAAUUCAAUUACAAAUAAGAAUAUAAUUGAUCAAGAAAUUUUAAAUAAAAUUAAAUUAAAUUUAUUUUCUCAAGAACAUUCAAUCAAAUUUGAAAUCAAUAGUUUUAUUGAUGAUAUUAAAUUAUUAGAACAACAAAUUAAAUUAAUUAGUCAUAAUAUUAUUAAAUCCAAUGAAAGCUCAAGUAUCAAUGGUAAUGGUGGUGAUAAUAAUAAAACACUUGUCACUGAAAAUAAAUCUAAAGAUGAUUUAAUAAAAUUUUGGAAUGAUUAUGGUGAAAUUUAUUUAAAAAUUAAAAAUGAAAUUUCUGAUAUUGGACUUUGCCAAUAUGAUAAUUUCAUUUUAAAAAUCAAAGAAAUAUUCUCAAAAAAUAUGAAAAAUUCGAAUUUAGUCAAAUUUUCUGCUUUUUGUGGUUAA